AUGUCAACUAAAGGAAUCAUAACUGGCAUUCUCAUGCACUAAAAAACUUAAGUUUCCAAUAGUAAUCUCCAUAAAAAUACAACAGUUAUUGCUCCCUUCUAUCGUCCAGGCUCUACCGUAUCUCCUGAUUAGAGAUAAACUACUCUCAUGUCUUAAUAGAAUGCCAAUUAAAUCACUCCAUACACUCAGAGUCUCAUGAAUACCAACACCAAGACAGUUAAGUUUUCUAAGAACUCAGAUAGCAAGCGUCCUUUCAGCUAGGUGUAAGUCUCUCAUCGCUAUACAAACAGUCAUCAUGAUAAUUACUUCAACAGACAGAAGCAUCUUAUCAAGGAUGAAGUAGUCACCACAAUAAUGAAUAGUCUUUUAAAUAAGAACCCCAAGAUUAAUCAAGACUUUUUGUAAAAGCUCUGUCGCAGAGAAGUUGAUCAGGCAUACGAUAGACAGCAAGUUCUGAAUGGAAAGGGUAUUGUAGACCUUGAAGCCAGAAUACUGAGCAUUAUCACUAGUGAAGUUAAUGUUAUUAAAUAGAACAGCAUUGAAGUGGACUAACAUAAUCAUUAUCUCAAGAAUACCAAAGCAUUCGGGGGUGGAUCCCAGAGUGAGAAAAAAAGCUUAACUGGAAGAGGCAUUCUAAGAUCAAAUUAGAGUUAAGAUGCAGGCCCAUUUUCAUAAAGAGGGCUUUUUUAAACUCAAAAUUAGAAGAACACUUUAAGUACCACAUAUAAAGAGGGGUUUUAAGGACUUGAUGAUCCUGGAUAGAGUUAUAGAGAAGCAACUCCAAAGUAAACAAGUCUUCAUUUUGCUGAUUUCAGUAUACAUUAAAACCUUAAAGGAGCCAUCCUUGAAUAGCAUCGAUAAUAAAUGAAGGGGUUCUAUGGCUAUCAGAUGAAUCAAUAGUUGAGAAAGCUUUAAGAUGACCAAAGUGAUGACAAGAAAUUUGCUGAAUUUAAGAAAUUUGAAGGUAGCAUGCAGUCAAAACAGGAAAAACUAUAAGCAUUAAAGAAGCGACGCUAAAUGAUACAAUCAGCUUAGGGACUUCGUAGGUAGCAUUAAGAUCACAUGAGAAGUCUUUAGAAAGACCGUAACUCUGAGAAUUAGGAGGACUAACAGUUAAUUGCCAGGAACAUCAGAGAUUUAUUCGAUGAGAGGAUUCAGUAAAUGCAUUAAAGAGGUGAAAAGGUCUCUAAUUAAGAAUACAUUAAACAUUAGAUGCUGCUUUCACAGCAUAAGCUAUCCUCUGAACGCAUGAACGAACUGAAUCAUGAUCAAAAUUUCAUAAAGUCAAUUGGAUUCGCCAAGACGAAUAAGCCUAAAGCUAAUCUAGAAGCUUAAGGUACAAUAUUUGAUCAGUUUUACAAUCGAUAGCCGCAUAAAGCAUUUGAACUAGCUAGGAAGUAAGAGUUGAAGUCAAAGGAAAUGAUUUAGAACCUUGAGAACAAGUAAAAUCAAAAGCUAGAGUAAGAGACUAAGAGGUUAGAUUUGUAGGAAUAAGAAGUCAAGAUAAAGGGAAUGGUCAAAGAUUUCUAGGAAAGGACCAUGAGACAUUAGAUAAACAAAGAUAUAUAAUGGAAUUAGAGAUCACAGAUGAGGGAUCAGAUAUCUAAACUAUAAAAAGAGUUGGUUGAAAAUGACAAGUAUCAAAAGUAGCAUGAAAAGGAGGACAAAGACUAUGAGCUGCAACAGUGGAAUAUUUAGUAGGAGAGGAGGAAGUAGAUGAUAGAGAAUUAAUAAUCUGUUAAGAAACUGGCUGAACAACAGAAUAAAAGAAGAUUUUUGGAAUCACUACAGUGA